AUGGCAAUCUCAAUCUCACAGUUGUCAUUUGAGCAUCAUCGCUUAGCUCUUGGCAUCGCCGAGACUGAGCCUAGGAUCUCUUGGCGAUUCGAUGGCGUCGUCUCCAAUUGGGAGCAGAGCGCAUACAAUAUCGAAAUUGCUCGGGGCUCAGCCAAACCCAGCCUUCACACCUUCAAUACGUCCGACUCCCUCUUCGUGGAGUGGCCUGAAGAACCGCUUGAUGUUGCUGAGCAAGCUUCAGUUCGUGUUCGAGCUCACGGCAAUCAAGGGCAACCUUCAACACCCUGGUCUGAUUGGGUGACUGUCGAGACUGGUCUCCUAUCUUCGAAAGAUUGGGCUGGAGCUGUGCCAAUUGCAGCAAAGCGCAAGACCGAGAAGGGCAAAGCGAAAAAGGCCAUCUACUUCCGCAAGGAGUUUCCCGUCAAAUCAGCAAUCAAGUCGGCCAGACUUUAUAUCACGGCUUUGGGCAUAUACGAAGCCGAGAUCAACGGCCAGCGAGUUGGUGACGCUGUCUUGGCCCCGGGUUGGCAGUCCUACAACCAUCGCCACGCAUACGACACCUACGAUAUUACGGAGCUCGUUCAAGAAGGAGGCAACGCUAUUGGCGUUGUAGUUGGCGAAGGGUGGUUCUCCGGCAGAUUAGCCUGGGAAGGAAAGCGAGAGUUUUGGGGAGACACAAUUGGUCUCUUCUCUCUGUUAACUGUAACCCUUGAGAACGGCAAGACUAUUUCAGUACCAACAGACACAUCGUGGACUGCCAAUCUGGGUCCUAUCGUUGCCUCUGAAAUUUAUGAUGGCGAAACCUACGAUUCCAGAUUGGAGUCGGAGAUUGAAGGGUGGUCAUCAGCCAGUUUUAGGGAUAAAGAUUGGCUGUCUACCAAGGAGCUUGACCCUCUUGAGGGCUCGCUCGCUCCUCCCGAUGGGCCACCAGUUCGAAAGUUGGAAGAACGACAUAUCGAGACAAUCACCAAAUCUCCUUCUGGAAAGACAAUCAUCGACUUUGGCCAAAACCUUGUCGGCUGGAUUAGGCUGACUGUUGGAGGACCGAGAGGCACAAAUAUCACUCUACACCACGCUGAGGUAUUGCAGGAAGGCGAGCUUGCAUUAGGUCCGUUGAGAACCGCCAAGGCAACGGACAGCCUUAUCUUGCAUGGUAACGGUACGCAGACGUGGGAGCCUCAUUUCACCUUCCACGGGUUUCGAUAUGUGCAAGUCGACGGGUGGCCAGAUGACACACCCAUCACAGACGAUUCCAUAACCGCCAUUGUGAUCCACAGCGACAUGGAACAGACCGGAUGGUUCGAGUGCUCCAACCACCUCCUCAACAAAUUUCACUCCAACGUUCGGUGGUCGAUGAAGGGCAACUUCCUGUCAAUUCCUACAGACUGCCCGCAGCGCGACGAGAGACUGGGUUGGACUGGUGAUGCCCACGCCUUCGGCCCUACAGCCAACUUUCUUUACAACACGGCCGGUUUCUGGCGAGGCUGGCACAAGGACAUGUGGUCUGAGAUGCAGAGAAACGACUCCAUGGUUGUUCCUUUCUACGUGCCCACUCUUCCUCCCAACGGCCCCGCCGCGCCAGCUGCGGUCUGGGGCGACGUUGCCGUGGCAAACCCAUGGAAUCUGUACAAAGCGUCCGGAGAUGUUGGUGUCCUCAAGGAGCAGUCUCACCAAGCUCAGGGCUGGGUUGAUGUUGGCAUUCCCAGAAAUGAAGACGGGCUCUGGAACCGCAGCAGCUUCCAAUUCGGAGACUGGCUGGAUCCUACCGCACCGCCUGAAAGUCCCGCUGAUGCAAAGACAUCGGCAAUCCUCGUCGCCGACGCCUAUCUCAUCCGCAUGACAGAGCUUCUGGCCAACAUCUCUAGCGCCAUUGGAGAAGAUUCCAAGGCAAAGGAAUAUCGCAAGAAGCACGGUAAGCUCCGAAAGGCAUUCCAGAAGUCUUGGAUGGAGGAUGGCCACCUCGCGAACCAAACGCAGACUGCGUAUGCUCUUGCUCUUAACUUUGGUCUCUAUACCGAUGCCAAAGAGCGCACGACUGCUGCCGAGACUCUUCGUACACUUAUUGCGGACAACGACUACCUCGUCGGCACUGGCUUCGCCGGUACACCUGCAUUGGGGCCUGCCCUGCGCGAUAUCGGUGCAGCUGAUGACUUUUACAAGAUGCUUCUCCAGACGAAGACACCCUCCUGGCUAUAUCAGGUCGUGCAGAAUGGCACUACUACCUGGGAGCGUUGGGAUAGCUUGCUGGCCAACGGCAGUCUCAAUACUGGCACAAUGACGAGCUUCAACCAUUAUGCGUUCGGUUCUGUUGCCGACUGGAUCCACCAGAGUAUUGGCGGAUUAGCCCCUGCCGAGCCCGGGUGGAAGGUUGCUGAGGUCGCGCCAAAGCCGGGUGGCAACAUCACCAGUGCAGAUACGCGGUUCAUCAGUGGUUAUGGAGAGGUGAGGGCUCAGUGGUGGAUCGAUGGCGAUGAGUUCCGCCUGAACUUGUGGGUUCCUCCGAAUUCAAAGGCGAGGGUGACGUUGCCCAAGGGAGUAGAGGUUGAGGAAGUGGGAUCCGGAUAUUACGAGUACAGUCAGUCUGGAUACGAAGAGUACGGGGAACUAUAG